UCUGUCUGUCUGCGUGUGUGAAGGCACAGACGGUUCAGUAGUAACGUGAUGUGUGUCCCGAGGGAUGUUUGAUGGAUUAAUGCUGAGCAGCUCCAUUGCGAUGUACCACCUGAUCUCACUCCCACCGUCUGCCUCUAUAAAACCUUCCUGACUGCUGAUCUCAGCUAGUCUCUCGGUCUCUCCUCUCUCUGUCUGUCUGUCUCUCUUUCUCUAUCUCUUCCUCCUCUCAGCCGCCUCCGCUGCAGGCCAGGAGCUAUCCAGUGCUGAACAAGUGAAUUUUUUCUUUUUUUUAAGCAGCAUAAGCGGGUGUGUGUGUGUACAGUAGCAGGCACACACACACACACACACACAGUAUUGUACCACCAUACAUCUCUCUCCUCCUGCGUGCUCUUCAUUUUUCCUUUAUUUAGACGUUGUUUUUAUUUUUUUAUUUCUGGAACGUGGAUCUUUUUUAUAAUACAACGGAUUUCAUUCGGGACGAUUUUCACCAGGGUUUUUGUGUGUGCAUGCGUGUCCGUCUGCGGCCGAUGUGAAGGAUUUCUGGUGCGUCUGUGCACGUGAGACCGUGUGAACCAUGCCUCGCUCAUUUCUGGUGAAGAAAAUCAAAUUGGAUGAUUUCUCCUCGUCUCCCGUGUCAGCGUCUAAUCAUCAUCACCAUCAUCAUCUUGAUGACUCCUUUACACGCUCUCGCUCCAGCCUGGGCGUCCGGCUUUGCGAAAAUGGCUACAUCCAGGAUUACAUCAGCUCUUCUGAAUACACAGAGGAGAAGCAGGCUGACAUGAAGCGGAGCUCGGAUCCGUUGUACUCCCCAGUCAGCAGCGGAGGAGGGGAGUACUGCCAACCAGACCUGGAGCACCCGGACAGCCCUCAGUCUGGCCUCACGGCUCACGGAUACUUCAGCAGCGAGAGCGAAUCUCUCAGCGAGGGCUACACCAUGGAUGCGUUCUUCAUAUCUGACGGCCGUUCAAGGAGAAAGGGAGAGGUCACGGAAGCAAGGAAAGCCGCCACUGUCGAGGAGAAAGAAGUAGCCGCGGUGAACAACGGAGGUCCCCGACACACCUGCAACGAAUGCGGAAAGACCUACGCCACUUCAUCUAACCUGAGCCGACACAAGCAGACACACCGCAGCCUUGACAGCAAGAUGGCACGCAAGUGUCCCACCUGCAACAAGGUUUACGUGUCCAUGCCGGCGCUGGCCAUGCACAUCCUCACUCACGACCUCAAACACAAAUGUCACGUGUGCAGCAAAUCCUUCAGUCGGCCCUGGCUGCUUCAGGGGCACAUGCGAUCGCAUACGGGAGAAAAACCCUUUGCCUGCGCCCACUGCGGGAAAGCCUUCGCCGACCGAUCCAACCUACGAGCGCACAUGCAGACACAUUCGGCCUUCAAACACUAUAGCUGCAAGCGCUGCAAUAAGACCUUCGCGCUGAAGUCCUACCUGAACAAGCACUACGAGUCCGCCUGCUUCAGAGGCUCCGGAGACGAGGAUGAGUCUGGCUCCGAGAAUUAGCAAAAAGAAGAAAUGAAGAUGAGUUAACGCUCUCAAAAAUCCCCCCACAGACUCCCUUCACAGACCCCACUUUCCCUUUUUUAGAAAGCAAUAUUUUGACCAAGAAAAAAGACCAAACCAACCCAGUAAUAAGAAGACAAUAAUGAAUAGAUGUUGGAUUUUUUUCUUUGGUAAAAAAAAAGACCCUCUCAUAUAGACAAUUAUAGUACAAUUAUGAGGCAAGGCAUGCAAAUUUU